UGGGCUAUGUUUGUUUGCAGGUUUACUUUUAUUUGGUGCUAAUUUGGUGUCAUUGAACUUUGUUUGUAUUUUUUAGAUACAUUCAAAAUUAUCAAAGUGUUUUGCUAUAAUAUUGGAAUAAAACACAAAAAAAUGACCGGAAUCAAACAAGUUAGAAAUAAAAAGUUAUUACCAGAUUUACGAAAAGAAGGGGAACUAACGAAGGAAAUAGUCCUAUCUACGACAGAAAAACAUGGAGUUCCCGUAGGCUCUAGACUUUUCUCUCACCACACAUUAGCAAGCGUUAGGAAAUUAAGUUUUUACCAUCCGUUUUUUUUGCCAAAGGAUAGUUUGGACAUUAUUCUAACGGCAACCUAUAAUCACUCAACCGAACGUUUCGCAGACAAAGAGGACUUAUAUUUGCAACCAGAAACCAUAGGAUGUGAAACGUGGCGACGCCUGAGGAAUACAUUCGAUAAAUUUCCACCAGUCGCUAUUCCGCUCGGUCAUCCAAUGAAGCGGGGAGGUGUUACAGAACGCAACUCGCCUUUCAGCGUGAAACUCAUGAACUCUGGAGUCCACUCUUCGCAAACCAAUCCGGGCAAAAAAUGUCAUCGCGUCAGAUCUUGGUAUCUGUAUGAACAGUAUAAAUCGCUAGAAAAAAAUCAAUCGGAUGCUGCUCAGAGACUGAAGGAUAAAUCGUAUCAAGAUAAGAUUUUGAGGCAGGAAAUGAAAGAGAGGCGAGCGCGCCGGAAACUGUGCGACACCUUUGGCUCGUGCCAGAGUGAAUCUAAAAUAGAUAAAACCAGAAGUGCUCAACCUAGAGCGCCUUUGAGCGUCAACACCGAUGAUCUUUAUGAAAGUUUCUGCGUGUUACACAACGACCACUUGUAUGAUUUCGAAGAUAAUAUCAGCCAAGGUAGCUCUCAAACUAGCAAAAUUUACGAAGAGUUUAGAACGCCAGAUGAUAAAAAAGAAGAUAGUGACAACGAAAGCGCUCACAGCGUCAUUAAAAAUGUAACGUUUGAAAACAAUUUAGCUGACGACGUCAAGGGCGAACUAGAGAUCGUCAAGAAAAAUAUCGCUGAAAACAUUAACUUGCAACUCGAAACUGUUAAAGAAAACAUUGAAUGUUUGGAAAAGUUCACAAAACUUGGCGACGCUGACGAUUUGCCAGAGAACGAUAGCUCAGAUUUAUUUGAGCAAUGCGAAUCGUCACAAGUGUGUACCGUAAUUGCAGAUAAGAAAUUUUGUCCAAAAAAUGACAAAGAAUUCUUUCCGUUAUGGGCUAAGAUGGUUGCUUUUGCUUAUGAGUCUGUACAUUUAUACCACGGUAAUUUUUACAACUCUUCCAGCUACCAGCUUAUGUUAGCCGUGCUUCUCUGCGAUGCACUGCGUCUGGGGAUCAAUAGAAUGUGUCAUAUUUUGCAGCCCUACGUUUCCCCUAUAAAAUAUGCUACUAGCGACUCCGACUUGUCUGUUGAAAGUUACAAAAACGCUAAAAGAAAAUCAUCAGAGUGCCCAGAAAAGUGUCUAUCAAUUCAUUACAAGAAAGCUCCUAAAUGUGAUAGUUCCAAGAAUCGAUUCUGUAAGAAAAUCAAAUCCUGUCGCAGAUUACGUUGGCUUCUUGAUAGAGACUACCAAUCCGAGAAUAAAUGGCAACAGCAUUCUAAAUACUCCUUUGACAACCGUUUCAACGAAAUGAAGUAUGCAAGCGAACCCUGGCAUAGUGUCUCAAAGCUCAUUGAUACACAGAAAUCUAGUGGAAAGUCUAGUUGCAAUAUAUGGCCGGAUGAGUUUUCAAGAGCAAAAUUUUCAGAACAAAAUGUCUGCAAGUGUCGGUGUCUCAGAAAUGUUGCCACCCCCAUAUUACAACUUGCACGAUACAUCGAAAGUGUUUUGCAAGAUAUUGGGGAUCAGUAAAUUGUGUGUUAAAAUAUCCGUCUUGUUAAAUAUUUUAUAAAUAAAAUGAUUACAAAAUGUGUGCGU